AUGUUCGAAGACGGUACAAGAGUUAUGAUGGCGGAUGGGAGAUCAAAAGACAUUUCCGAACUUCGUGCUAACGAUUAUUUAAUGGCGGAGGACGGGGCGCCAGUAAAAGUGACCGGUGUCAUAAAAGACUCUCAGAGUACAUAUGAAAUUGUUCACAAGACUAAACAUAGAGCGUUCGAAGGUGAAGCUGCAACAAAUGAUCCUUUAAGAAAAAUUAUUUAUCAAAGAUUAAGUUUCAAUUGUACACUGACUCAUGAUCUGGUUUUAAGAACUCCUGCCAAGCCAAUGAUCGAGAAUGACUUUACUAAAAAUAUUUACAGAGUUCGUUAUAGGACAUUAGAUAAGGUAAAUACCGACGAUGGUAGAAUUAUUAAUAUACCAAAGCAACAUAAAAAAUAUUUCAAAAUGACUCCAGAAGGUAAAACUGACGCUGAAAAUUUCAGAGAUGAAAUGGAAAGACAGUGCGGUGAAUUCCUAAAUUAUAACCUUCAAGUCAGAGAUCUAGACUUGAUGAUGCCACUACUACGUAUCACAACAUACCUCCGUUUUUCCCCAUUAACAUCUGGUAAUGGUGUGUUAUCUCAAUUUCUAACUGGUACGAAACAUCUAAACACCAAGGCCGUUCUACAGAUGGCUUGGAUGCUAGGUUUAUGGAUCGGUGAUGGUACUACGAACGAGCCUCAAAUAACAGUCGAUAGUUUUGACACAUCAUUGAUUGAUGCAUUAAAUGAGAAUAGUAAACCAUGGGGUAUAUAUCCAACAUAUAAAGAUGAAGCUUUCGCUUCCAGAUGUAAACAUGUUUCUUUGCACUAUGGCCAAGAAGCUGGUGAAAAUAGAGUCUAUAGAAACUUAAGAAAGAAUAACCCAUUUUGGAAUGUAGUAACAAGUUUGAAAUUUAAAAGGGACGGUGAUGGUGGUAAGCAAAUCCCUACUUUUAUGUGGAGUGAAGAUGAAGAGGUAAGGGAAGCAUUUAUGGCUGGAUUAAUUGAUGCUGACGGGUAUGUCUGCAAGUGGACUGAAAAGACAGGAAAUCUCAAAGUUUCGAUACAGACUAUUUAUCCUUCGAUAAUGAAUGGUAUUGUCCACAUCAGUAGAUCACUAGGAAUUACAGCUACUGUGACUACACGCUCUUCAAAGACUAUUACUAUUCGUGGUCGCCAAGUUCAAUGUCAAUUUACAUUUGAUUGUAAUAUGUACGGCAGUGAAAGAUUACAAAAUAUUCUAUCAUACUGUCACAGUGGACAUAAGACUAGACCAGUGCCCUCUACAAUAAGUAGAGAUCCUGUAUACUUUACUUUCCUCGACAUCAAGAAAGGUAUAAAUGACGUCUACGGUCUAACUUUAGAAGAGGACAAAAAUGUUCUGUUAGAAAAUAAAACUGUUGUAACGAUGUGCACUUCACAAUGUAAGAAUGAACAUUUCAAGAUAAAGCCUUCAAAGUAUUUACAACAUUGUAUUGCUUGUCCCCAUAAAGGCAUUAAAUACUUCUACAAAAAUUGGUCAGGAACUGCAAAAUUAUGCGGGCGUUGUUGGCAACGUUACAAAUUCAGCGGAUACAGGUGCCUUAAUUGUAACUUUGUUCCGGAAGCAAGAGAAGUAAAAAUUGCCAAAGCUAAAGGUGAAGGUGUCGGUUUGACCCCAGAGGGUGUGCCAGUCAAAGGUUACUUUUGCCGAAGAUGUAAUGGUAUACUCAAAUAUGACGGUGUCCGUGGACCUAAGAGAACUAAAGAGGAAACAUCUAGGAAAGCCAAGGUCACCAGUGUUGGUAAUAUCCAAUAA